CUGGGACCAGCCGGCUCAGCGGAGAUGUAAAUGCGAGGAGAGGGCGUGUGGGGGAUGGGCACCCCAGGGAGAGGAAAUGGGAGGGGGAAGACAGGAGGUUGUUGACCCUAUUCGAGGAACGGCCAGGAGCCCUGUGGGGCUGGAGUGGAGGAGUGAAGGGGAGGCUGGUGCAGUCCGGAUGGAGUGGGGGCCAGGUCAUUCCCUUGGGGCCUUGUAGCCCCGACGUGGGAAGAGAAGUUGUUGGGAAUGACUGGAUUCUCUGCGUCUUCUAAAACGAUCCCUGGCGCUGUCUUGAGGUGAAUGGACUGAAGCAGGGAGCCCUGUUAGGCGCCCAGACUCAGAACAGAACUCCCAGAACAGUGCCGGGCCCACAGUAGAUGUUUCCUAAAAGUUCGGGAACUGUUGUUGAAACGGAGAGACGAAUGAAGCAAAGAACGGCUCCAGGGUCUCAGGCGGCCUGAGGUCAUCUGGAAGAUUUUUCAAGCUGUCCCUCGCCUACCUGCGUUGCUCACCAUGGAAGAGAUGGAGAAGACUGGUAUUCAGCUGCAGAGACCUAUAAAGACAGAGUGGAAUCCCCGGUGUGUCCUCUUCACCUAUUUCCAAGGGGACAUCGGCAGUGUGGUGGAUGAGCACUUCUCCAGAGCUCUGCGCAAUGUCAGGAGCCCCAAGGGCUUGAGCCCCUCAACCCAGAGCCCAGACGUGAUGCUGAGGAAUGAUAGUGACAUGCCUCCAAAUCAGUGGCGUUUCUCUUCCCAGUGGACAAAGCCAGAGUCAGAAGCAUCUUUUGCUUAUGGUGCCACCAACUGCAGCUUGAAUGGGCCCAGUGUCCCGAUGCCGGAUCAGUACCCAGUGCCCCUGGCGGGGAGCCCCUCUGAUCCGUCUGACGAGCCGUGGCAGUACCCCUUCCUGGGCAGCCCCAGCUGCUCAGAGCCUGGCUACUCUCACGCCUACUCCAGUGAGCACAUGGUUCUAGAACCCCAGCCCGAUGGGAAAUAUGAGCCCUUUCUAAGUCUCCUCCAGCAAGACCAACACCUCGCCCAUCCUCAGGAAUCUGCUGUGUGGGAGGACUACAGCUCUGCCCAGGUAGCCGGAGGCCCCGGAUCGCUCUGCGACUUGCCUCCCAGCUCAGCCCACGAAAGCCAGUCGCCAGAGCGAAGAAAUGUGUUCUUCUAUUGAACCUCAGUCCGAAGAAGAGAACUCCUAUUCCCAAACCUGCUCAUGAUUUUCUACUGUGAAUCCAGAGUCUAGAGAUGGCAGUGUCCUUUUUCCUUUCCAUCACUAAAGAGCAUCGAGCCAAGAACGUUGCUGUUCCCCUUAAAAUCCGAUCUUCUCUUCUUUGGCACCUACGUCCUGUGGUGGGAGUUUUCACACUUUAGUGACUCACCAACACAGGGAACCGUGAAAAGAGCGGUUCAGGGAUGAGAACCGUAGCAGACCCCUGCCUGCCUCUCCCACCUUCCCUGUACUAACCCUCCUACUUAGAAAUCAGUCCCCUUACCCUCUACCAGCAGGGGUUUUCAAACCAAGACUGACCCUGGGGGGGUCAUGGUCCCAAUUUGCCCAGUGAACAGAGGAGAUACGAGGAACGGCCGGCAGCUUUCUAGCCUUAAUCCAGACCCUGGCCAGCCGCACUCCUGCCUCUGCCAAAGGCAGAAUGAAGACAGGGUGGGCAAGACCCAUUGAGGAAGUUGAGGCUAGGCAUUGCCUGCAUCCUCAGAGUCUAGAAGGAAGCUGAGAAGGUUUGGGAAGGCUCUGGUGAAUGAAGUUCUUUUGCUUGGAAGUUUUGAUACCUCCGUUCUUAAAAAAAAAAAAAAAAAAGUAAUUCCAAAUGGAGUUGUUGAGAAACCUGAGAAUGAACGUAUUGGAAAUUAGUUAGCAGACUGCCCCGUUCCAGACUGGGCCUCGACUAAGUUCCGUGCCAAGAGCAUUUCUUAGUUGCGGUUCCCUGAGUUUCUUUCUGCCCUCACUUUGAGGCUGGGGACUCUGGCAUCGCCCCCCCCCCCCCCCCCCCCCGCCGCAGGUGUUAAGCUGGACCCUGGUGACCCCUCCCAGCUACCCCCAGGGGCCCACCUGGCUUGCACAAACAAUGAAACCUUCCCCUUAGCUCUUUCAGUGUCAGGGACAAGGUCUCCCCAUCAUACUACUUAUUGAGGGUUAACGCCAAUGUGACUCUUGGAUCUUUUUCCUCCCAUCUGCUGUGUAAAUAAAGACCACAGAUCUUG